AUGGAGGUUGAUUUGAAAGCUGUGGUUGUUGCAAAUGGCCAGGACAUAGAGAAAAUCAACUACAAAAAUGGAAUCACCACCGAAAAUGAUACUACCAACAAUAGCAACAAAAUUUACAACAAUAUCAACAACAACAGCAUCAGCAGCAACAACGUUCAUAACGACAAUACAAACCAAAACAACAUUGACAAUUUACUAGAUAAUGAAGUUGACAAAAACAUCAAAAAUAACAACAACAACAACAUACAGAAUAACAACAUAAACACUAAAUCCUCUAACAACCACAACAACCACAAAGACGACAGCCACACAGGCGGUCAUAGCAAUGAAGCUUACGAGCAUUUAGAAUCCGACCCCUAUACAACAAUCUACGACCAUCCCAAUAAAUUCAACCACAACAAUCUCAAAGAUACAGAUAAAUAUUUUUUCACAAACCAAGCUUUCGACAGCCACAACGACGAUUUAACGAUACAGAGUACAACAGACCGAAAUAUAUCAACUUCAGACAAAAAUACAUCAUCUUCGUUUGCAACGACGACAACAACAACAACGAGACAUACAACACCAAUUUCAGCAACACAUCAACAAAACUUCACAGCAGCAGCAGUAACGACAACAACAUCUGGUAAAGCACCGUCAACAACGGUCAACUUAAACACAACACACCUACCGGCUUCAAAAUCAGAUGAAACCAUAAAAGAGAAAAGUGAAAAUUGCUGUGAAAAUAACAAGAAAUUCCUGAUCGCCAUGCUGGUGGCCACUUUGUCGCUACUGCUACUGGCCGCUAUAGGGCUGGCUGUGGGACUUGGAGUCACAUACGGUUGA